AUGGCAUUUCAGGAUUUUGAUGUCAUUUCAGAACGGCGAAAGAAUGAAGAGAAGAUGAAAAUGAGAAAGAAGAUUAUCAUCAUUGGAAUUUCCUCCAUUCUCCUUGCAUGUGUGGUAGCUGCUGCAGCAUUUGUUGUUGUCAAAAGAACUGGCCCUGACAGCAACAACAAAGUGAAUGCUCCCUCAGCACCUGCGAACGCCCAACAAGUCGAUCAAUAUUCAAGGCUUGUGAAAAUGAUAUGCAGCUCAGCACAAUACAAGAGCAAAUGUGAAAGCACCCUUACUGAGGCAUUGAAGAAGGACCCUAGACAUGCAAAGCCAAAGGAUCUUCUCUUGAUUUCCAUGGUGCUUGCUGAGGCUGAGAUUAACAAGGCCUUCAACAAAACCGCCACCUUGAAGUUUGCUUCUGAGGAGGAGAAAGGAGCAUAUGAAGAUUGCAAGCAGCUCUUUGAGGAUGCCAAGGAAGAAAUGGGAUUCUCUAUCACUGAAGUUGGAUCAAAUGAUUUGGCUAAGCUUUCCGAGAAAUCUUCUGAACUUAACAACUGGCUCAGUGCAGUCAUAUCUUACCAACAGACCUGCAUUGAUGGGUUUCCAGAAGGAAAAUUGAAGACUGAAUUUGAGAAGCUCUUUAAGGAAUCUCGGGAACUUAUUAGCAAUUCCCUUUCUGUUGUGUCAGAGGUGUCUACAUUCUUUUCUGCAUUCGAUGGAGCUUCAGGGUUUCACUUACCAUGGGGAAAAACUGAUGCCCCUCUAGCUCCUGCUCAUGCUCCUGGUUCUGGCAUUGUUCCUGCUCCUGGUCCUGCUCCUGGUCCUGGUUCAGCUGCUCCUGGCCCAUCUCCUGUUUAUGCUCCUGGACCUGCUCCAAUUUUGGCUCCUGGUCCUGGUCCUGCUUGGCUUAGCCUUCCAGAGUUGAAGGGAACAGAUGAGAAACCCAUACCUAAUGUCACGGUGGCAAAAGAUGGCAGUGGAAACUUCAAAACCAUCUCUGAAGCUUUGGCAGCAAUCCCACCAACCUACGAAGGAAGGUACGUGGUUUAUGUUAAAGAAGGAAUAUAUGAUGAAACAGUGACGGUGACAAAGAAAAUGGUAAAUGUAACCAUGUAUGGUGAUGGAUCUCAAAAGAGCAUCAUCACUGGGAGCAAAAAUUUUGUGGAUGGAGUCAGGACUUUCCAAACUGCCACAUUUGUGGUACUUGGAGAAGGGUUCUUGGGCAGAGAAAUGGGAUUCAGAAACACUGCUGGAGCAGAAAAACACCAAGCUGUGGCUGCCAGAGUACAAGCAGAUCGUGCAGUGUUUGUAAAAUGUGCCUUUGAGGGAUACCAAGACACUCUAUACGCCCAAACCCACAGACAGUUCUACCGUGAUUGUGUCAUUGCCGGCACAAUUGACUUCAUCUUUGGUGAUGCAACUGCAGUGUUCCAGAACUGCACUAUGGUUGUUAGAAAACCACUGGACAACCAGCAGAACAUUGUCACUGCUCAAGGGAGACUUGAAAAGCAAGAAAACACAGGCUUUGUUCUCCAAAACUGUGUGAUCAAGGCUGAUGAACAACUUGUUCCAGUGAAGGGUAAGAUCAGGAACUACCUUGGGAGGCCAUGGAAGGAGUACUCAAGAACCAUCAUCAUCGAAUCAGAAAUUGGGGACCUUAUCCACCCUGAUGGGUGGCUACCUUGGGAAGGAAACUUUGCACUCAGCACAUUAUAUUAUGCUGAAUAUAACAACAAAGGACCUGGUGCCAGCACUAAUGCCAGGGUCAAUUGGCCUGGCCGCCAUGUCAUUAACCGGGAUGAGGCUGGCCAGUUUACAGUGGAGACUUUCUUGCAAGGGACAUGGAUCAAUGGCACAGGUGUACCAGCUCAGCUGGGCUUGUACAAUUGAAUGGUCUUUUGCAUGUAACAUUUUAAUGAAUACUAAUUGGGUUGAAUGCUUGAGUCAAUUCAUAUCUAUUCUGGAACUUUUAACAACAUUAAUUUAAAUAUGAUUCAUUUGACAA